CCGGCGGCGCGAUCGUGACGCGGCCGGGUGACGGGGCCGCAAGAUGGCGGCGGCGGCGGCGGGUGGCUGGUGGGCCGCGGCCUGCGAGAAGUUCCGCAGCGCCCGCACCCUGUCGGCCGUGGAGUCGCGCAAGGACCCGGAGAGCGAGCCGUACCGCUCCAAGUACAGUGCCCGGGCGCUGCUGCAGGAGGUGAAGCAGCAGCUGAGCGCCGCCGAGGAGGGAGGCGAGGCGCGGCUGCUGGCCGUGAGGCGCGCCGUGCUGGAGUACGAGCUGGGCGUCAACCACACCGACACCGAGGAGCUGUCGGCCGGCGAGGAGCACCUGCAGCGCUGCACGCAGCUCCUCCAGCCGCACCGCCUCUCCCGAGACUGCGUUUCCCUCUACAUCCAGGCCCAGAACAAUCUAGGUAUCCUGUGGUCUGAAAGGGAUGAAAUUAAAACUGCACAAACUUACUUGGAAUCUGCCGAAGCCUUGUAUAAUCAAUACAUGAAAGAGGAUGGAAAUCCUCCCCUGGAUCCCAGUGAACAUUUCAUGUCGGAAGAAGAAAAACUCACAGACCAAGAAAGAUCAAAAAGAUUUGAAAAAGCCUAUACCCAUACGCUGUAUUAUCUAGCCCAAGUCUACCAACACCUGGAGAUGACUGAGAAGGCUGCUCAGUAUUGCCAUACUACUCUGAAACGACAGCUUGAGUACUGUGGCUAUUACCCAGUGGAAUGGGCACUCAACGCUGCUACGCUGUCACAGUACUAUCUCUCUAAGCAAUGUUUUAUGGAGUCCCGACAUUGUUUAGCAGCAGCCAGUGUCAUCUUUAGCCAAGCCGGCCAGGUGCCAUCUGCUGAAGACAAUGAAAAUGAGCAAGACCAGCAGGACCUUCGACAGAGAAAAGCUGAAAUUGCAAGAUGCUGGAUUAAGUAUUGCUUGAAUCUUCUGCAGAGUGCUCGGAAAUUACUUGAGGAUGACAUAGGAGAGAUGGAUUCAUUCAGGCAAAUGCAACUUAAAGCCCAAAGGAAAAAAGAGGAAGAUGAAAAGGAGAACGGCAGGAAAAAAGCUGUCCUUUUUGGGACGAGUGAUAUAUGUGACUCUGUCUUAGCCAUGGAAGAGAAAGUGAGCAGCGUGUAUCCGUUAGAUUUUCAGGAAGCCAGAGAGAUCUUUCUAGUGGGUCAGAACUAUGUUCAGGAAGCAAAAGAGUUCUUCCAGGUUGAUGGUUAUGUUACUGACCAUAUUGAGAUUGUUCAGGAUCACAGUGCGUUGUUUAAGGUCCUUGCUUUCUUUGAAGAAGACUAUGAGAGACGCUGCAAAAUGCACAAGCGUAGAAUAGACAUGCUGGAGCCUAUAUAUGCAGACUUGAACCCACAGUACUACCUAUUGAUUAGUAGGCAGCUUCAGUUUGAACUAGCCGAGACCUAUUACGAGAUGAUGGAUUUAAAGGUAACUAUUGGUAACAGGUUAGAGGGGCUUGACUCCCACACGAUAAAAAAAGUUAAUUCCUUGGCUCAGUUAGCAAUCAAGUAUUAUGAACUCUUCUUAGAUUCUUUGAGGAACCCAGAUAAGGUGUUUCCUGAGGAGCUUGACGAAGAUGUUCUUCGCCCUGCAAUGGUGGCUAAAUUUCAUAUCGCACGGCUCUAUAGUAAGCUUAUUACUUCAGAUAGCAAAAAGCAACUGGAAAAUAUGCAGACAUCAUUGGAAUAUUACACAUUUCUGAUAGACUAUUGCGAGAAGCACCCAGAUGCUGUCCGUGUUGUUGAGACUGAACUAGAACUCAGUAAGGAGAUGGUGGGUCUUCUUCCAACAAGAAUGGAGAGGCUAAGAGCAAAACUGGGGCCAUUCGUAUAAAUACUUGCCUUGAAGGGAAUGUGCACUAUUAAAAUGAUCUCUGUCAAAACCAGUGCUGCCAGACAGUUUCUGUGCCGAUUAAUAAAACUAAGGUGUCCACGGUUUGGCAGUCCAACUAGAGCCUGCAGUAACACAACUUUAUGAAAAACAGAGCACUCCAGUUUAGUAGCUCACCCACACUAACGGUCUAAACCUUAAAUGUAAAGUGAAUGUCCAGAUGAUGCUUUGUAUUGCUUGUACUGUAUGUAAAUAUAAACCUUUUCUCCUUCUAUUUUUUCCUUUGAGAUAUGGUCUAAAUGUAGUGCUGUACAAAAAUGGUUUCUUCUAAGAGAAUCUGUUGCUCUAGGAAGCAUUUUCGAAGAAACUUGAGGCACAUUCUUCCACUUAGAAAACUUUUUCUCUCUUCUAACCUUUGUCACCAGAAAACCUUAUCCAUAUGAAGGGAACUUUUAUUUUCAUUAUUUAUUUUAUGUGUUGCUCAGUGUUUUCUUUCCCUGUUAAUUAAAACCUAACUGAUAGAGGCUCAAUAAAUGGACUAGCUUGGCUAAA